AUUAUUUUUUGUUUAUUAGUAAUAAAUAUUAAAGAUUUUCAGUCUGAAGAAAAGCAACAGCAUAUCGUACGCGAAAUAUUUCAACUUGUUUCAAAGCGUGACGAUAAUGUAUGCAAUUUUUUAGAAGGAGUUUCAUUAAUUGGUGGAUCCGAUUAUAAACUUAUAUAUCGUCAUUAUGCUACUUUAUAUUUUGUAUUUUGUGCAGAUUCAUCUGAAAGUGAAUUAGGCAUACUCGAUCUUAUUCAGGUAUUCGUAGAAACAUUAGAUCGUUGUUUUGAAAAUGUUUGCGAAUUAGACCUUAUUUUUCAUGUUGAUAAGGUUCAUCAUAUUCUUAAUGAAUUAGUAAUGGGAGGCAUGGUGCUGGAAACGAAUAUGAAUGAAAUCCUUUUAAGGGUACAGGAACAAGAAAAACUGGAAAAACAAGAGGCAGGAAUCGCUGCGGCUCCUGCUCGAGCUGUCAAUGCAGUCAAAAAUAUUAAUAUUCCUCAACAGAUCAAGGAUUUCAAGUUGACAGAUUUGAAUCUUCCCAAUUUUAAAAGUCCUUUUUGA